GGCCAGAUGUGCCCCGCUCCGCGCCCCCUUGCCCCCGCCGUGCCCCCCGCAGCUGGCCAGAUGUGCCCCGCUCCGCGCAGGCAGGGGCAGCCCGGCCCCUCCUCUUAGCGGCCGCCGGCUCGCUUGUUGGCCGCAGAGGGCGGAAUUUAUUCUGCGCCAGGAUCAUCCGCCCGCCGCCGCUAGCGCCCGGGGGUGGAUUCGGCUCCCCGCGGUAGCAUCUGGGGCGGCGGGAGAUGGAGCCUCGCGGCUUGCCGGGGAUGGGGGUGCGUGGGACCCAGGUUCGGCUGUGCCCGUCAUGAUAUCCCAUCCCAUCCCCAUCCCCAGCUCGGCCAUGGUUUUACUGAGCAGCUUUUUGCACCUGCACUCCAGGCACUGCGGCCCCUUCACCGCGCUGGGGCUGGGCAGGGCUCCCCGCUCCGGAGCCAGGUCGUGCAGUGCCAUGUGCAGGCACCUGCGCGUCUUGGUGGACAUGGAUGGGGUGCUGGCGGACUUCGAAGGAGGAUUCUUAAAGAAGUUCAGGGCCAGGUUCCCAGAGAAGCCGUACAUUGCCCUGGAGGAUCGCAGGGGCUUCUGGGUGUCGGAGCAGUAUGGCCAGCUGAGAUCUGAGCUGAGUGAGAAAGCCAUCAGCAUAUGGGAGUCAAAGAAUUUCUUCAUUGAGCUGGAUCCAAUCCCAGGGGCUGUGGAAGCCGUGAAGCAAAUGGCUAAAUUGGAAAACACUGACGUGUUCAUCUGCACGAGCCCGAUCAAGAAGUACCGUUACUGCGCAUAUGAGAAGUACGCCUGGGUGGAGAAACAUUUUGGCCAAGAAUUUCUGGAGCAGAUUGUCCUAACGCGAGAUAAAACUGUGAUCUCUGGCGAUCUGCUUAUAGACGAUAGACCAGAUAUAACAGGAGCCGAGCCGAACCCCAGCUGGGAGCACGUUCUCUUCACAGCCUGUCACAAUAAGCACCUGCAGCUGCAGCCCCCCAGCAGGAGGCUCCACUCAUGGGCCGAGGACUGGAGGGCGAUCCUGGACAGCAAACGGCCACCGCCCGGCCGGGCCAUUUAAAGUGACAGGCUCCUGAGGCUGCCUCCUUAGCUGAACGGAGCGCUCUGUGGUGUCCAGCUCCGGGCUGAAACCCGCAGACAGACAACCUGGCUGGGCAGAGUAAGGAGAGGGGCCCUGGCAGGGAGAACAGGGCCAAAGGGGGAUCGUGUUCAUUAAGCUAGAGGCCAUUGGGCCAUGUGUGACUGGGCCACCAUGAAGAACAGGAAGAUUCUGGGCCCAUCCCACCACAGGAAGCCCUGUCUACUGUGUGUCUCCUUUGCGCUCAGCUCUGUUUAACUCAGUGGCAUGUUUAACUAUUGGCGUCUGUAGCCACUGGUGACCCCAAAUGUAGCGUCUCCGAUGGAUUCACCUCUCAGCUCGUUACCCGGCGUCCCCUGGACCUGCUUAAUGGUGCCAACUAACUUUUAAAUACGCCCCCAUCUACACUGAGUUGGAGCACUGGAUCAGCAGCCAGUACUGUCCUCGGGUUUGCCCUAGAGGACUGUCAAAAUCCUUCCUCCUCCACCCAUCCAGAGGCAGAGGAGCGGGUUUCCCUUCCCUCAGUCCCCAGCCUGGCUCGUCUUCAUUCUUCGGCUCACCUGCUGUCACCACUCCAAGGGGAGCCUCUUCCUGCAGCAGCGUUUGCUUUUCCUCACAGCUGUGAAUGUGCCUGCCGGGACUGCCUUGCGGGAGCGGCUGGGGGAGCAUUGUUAAACACGGUGAAAAUCAGGGUCAUGUUACUGAUUGGAGGACUGGGGCAACCCCACUUCGAUCAGCGGGAACCCGCGUCCGCUCUGCUACUCUGAGAGGCUCAAACUGAUUUGGGCUGUAACCUGGCAGCACCGUCUUUGGAAAGCGCUCGGAUGGCAGCCGUGCAUUGGCAGGGGUCACUGUAGGGAGAGAUGAGCUUUCACAACUGCUCCCUAGGGCUUCCUCGUUCCAGACGAGCGAGGCAACAACUCUGGCCCAACAUUUCCUUCCCCCAUAGAUCAGAGGUGGUGGAACAAGCCACCCCCCCGGCUCGAGGUGGUUUCCAUUGUUCACAGGGUUACAGUUUAGUAGUUCAAUGCCCCCCCACUAUAAAAAUUGUUCCAGGGCCCCUGCAAUAGAUAAGAGAUUGGGGAGCCCCUAAUGAGCUGGAAGUUAUCCCUGGGCGAUCACUUCGCCUCCCCCCACCGUGGUUUUGGAGGCUCUUCUCCCCGACUCAAGACAUAAUUCCUGGGUGGCUGGGGUACCCCAUCACAGCCGUUAACUCCAGAGGGCAGCCCCUUGAUUUGAGAUGGUCAGUGUCGCCCGGCUGGCCUGCCUCUCACAGCUGUGCGGCACAUCCGGGAUCAUGGUUCAGCCCAAGCACCAACAAGUGGCUCUGCCCUCCCAUUAAUCCUUUCCCCAGAGGCUGGCUAGUAGGCAUGGGCAAGCCAAUGGAGCUGAGAAGAGAGAGGUGGAUACAAUAGGCAGGGUCUAGCCCGAGAGGUGCGGUUAACAGCCCGAGCACAGGAUGGGGAGCCAGGAGCUCAUGGGUUUUUGUCAUGGCUCUUCCACUGAUCCCCUCUCUAGUUACAGGCAAAUCACUGUGCCUCCCUGUGCCCCCACUUGUAUAAUGGAGAUGUCAAUACCUCUCGGGGUGAUGAGGGGCUGGAACAACAGCCAGCCUGAAAUCUUUGAGGUGUGUAGGCUGUUUCCUGCGCACAUUGGGAAGAGGGGGUGAGGGGAGGGGCUAUGCUAAAAGACGUUGCGGUAGCCACAGUUCGUCACUGGGUGCCCAAGUGUUCUCUUUCGCACUGAAAUAUCGACCAGCAGCAGAGUUCGGAGGGGCCAGUGACUGUACGCAUUGAUAAAGCCAGAGCCUGGGUGGACCUCAGCAUUGGAGUUCCACAGCAGGAUGGACAUAACCUGCCAUCGCAGUUGGAAGAAAAAGCUCAAGGCUGCACUAGUCGGUACCUCUCCUCCCUCCAUCAGGCAUCCAGAGAGCCCAGGGCCCUGCCAGCAGGGGCGGCUCCAGGCCCCAGCACGCCAAGCGCGUGCUUGGGGUGCUCUGCCCGUCACCAGGAGGGCGGC